CUUCGUCUCCCCAUCGCGAGCCCCGACCACCUCCUCCACUCGUAUUUUAGCCUCUUCCAACCCUCCCCAGGAGAAUUCUCUCUCUCUCGCUCCCGGAGAGUGUAUUUUUAUCGUUCAAUUGAUCGCUUCUCGCCAACCGCACAAUGUUCGCUCGCUCUGUCGCCCGGGCUGCUCCUCGCAGCUCGGCCCUGCCCUCGGCGGCCACUCGCUCCUACCGCACCAUCCCGGGCCCAAUGGCUUGCUUGAACGCUCGCCCGCAGCUCGAGAAGAAGUCCGUCGCUCCCCAGCAGAUCCGCGCCGCCUCCGAGCAUGCCAUCGCCAACCCGACCCUCGCUGGCAUCGAGAAGCGCUGGGAGGGUAUGCCCCCCCAGGAGCAGGCCGAGCUGUGGAUGCAGCUGAGGGACCGCAUGAAGGUCGACUGGCACCAGAUGACCCUGCAGGAGAAGAAGGCCGCCUACUGGAUUGCUUUCGGCGCUCACGGCCCUCGCGCCGGUGCCCCCAAGGGUGAGGGUCUGCGUAUCCUGAUCAAGGUGACCCAGUUGACUGCUGUGUCCUUUGCGAUUUUCUACGUCAUCCACCUGUUCGCCAAGCCGCAGCCCAAGACCAUGUCGAAGGAGUGGCAGGAGGCCAGCAACGAGUACGCCUUGAGAGAGAAGAUGGACCCGAUGACGGGCAUCAGCUCCAAGGAGUACCAGGGCAAGGGCUUCGUGCAGAGCCCCCCUCUGGAGAAGUCGUAGAUGCGAGGCAACGACCGCCCCGAUGACUGCCGAACGUGAUGGAUAGGGCCCGUCCCCCCGUUGUGCAAAUGAAACCUUCAUGGUCCCCUGUCCAUUUCUCCCUUCCACUCACUUUGCUGCCGCCGGAUCAAUCAAAUCUCCCAUUGCGGAUGGGCACUUCCACCAUUGUGUCUCACUCGAAUGUUGUCAAUUCUAGCCCAAAAGAAUCCGUGUAUCUCGUAUUGUGCAAUAAUCUAUGUAUUUCCUUUGUGGUCUAUAUACAUUUUUUCUAUGUCUUUAUUUCAGAUAUUCCAUGUCCUAUCAUUUUCUUUCCCUUGGUAAUGCGUGUUGUGGUAGUCCGAGCGGAUGUUUCCGGAUCCGGAGUGUCAGAUCAUCUGAUCGUAAGAGGAGUGAUUUCAUCAUCGGCUGUAG